AUGUCACCAGUAAACUCAUUUCUUGAUCCCUUGAUUUUCGAUCUUCCCACUUCAAGUGGAUCUGGCCCUGUCGAUCAUACAAAAUUGUUAGAGGAACUUGAUCUUUGGACCAAUGCACAAUUUACCUUUGAUAUGCAACCCGGUACAGCUGUUCAAGAUAAGCCUACUACAACAACACCUUCACUACCACUGGAAAAUGAGCACGAUUUGUGGAAGUUUUUAUCUUUGGAUCCCACACAGCAUCAACAGCAAUCAUCAUCUACAACAUCACCAUCCUCUUCAUCCUUAUCAUCAUCACCCAUCACAACAUCCACCAUGCCAGUGCCACAACCUACCACAGUGUCACCUCGUGUACAUACCUCCACUACAACACAUCCCAAGAUCCUACCCAAAAGCAUUCCACAAAAACGAGAUCGUACCGAGGAAGAGAAGAGUAUUGAGGAAGACAAGCGACGUCGCAACACAGCUGCUAGUGCUCGUUUCCGUGCAAAGAAGAAAUUGCGUGAACAAGCCAUGGAACAAGCUGUCAAGGAGAUGAGUGAGAAAUCUGAAAAGCUUGAGGAACGUGUAAAGGACCUGGAACAUGAGAUCAAGUGGUUACGGUCACUGCUCAUUGAUAAGGACACCAUCUCAUCCUCCUCACCAUCAUCAUUAUAA